AGAGCGAGCUGGGCGAGGGGAGGGGAGCGAAGAGUGGGGAGCAGGCUGUGCCCCCUCAAAGCCGCAUUGGGAGCCGCAUUGAGGCACAGCCGCACAGAAAGGCUGUUUUAUAACUGGGAUCCUCGGUGACGUAUGGCUGCCGGCUCCUUGGCAGCUGUCUUUAUGGACCAGUAGGCAGAGGGAAAUUGCCGCGGACGAGACUUCUGCAUCUUGGAAAGGAUUGUGAUGGACUGUAGCGCAGAACAGAACCUCUCAAUCACACGGGUGUAAAUAAGACCGGAGGGGAGUCUCAAAGAAAAGCAAGAGGAGGGAAAAAGUGUGUGCGGGGAGGAGUGGGGGAAAAGCAUUUUUGGUGGAUGGUAUGAAACCAGCCAUGGAAACUGCAACCGAGGAAAAUACUGAACAAAGCCAAGAGAGAAAAGUGAACAGCAGAGCUGAAAUGGAAAUUGGCAGGUACCACUGGAUGUACCCAGGCUCAAAGAAACACCAGUACCAUCCUGUGCCAACCCUGGGGGACAGGGCUAGCCCCUUGAGCAGUCCAGGUUGCUUUGAGUGCUGCAUCAAGUGUCUGGGAGGAGUCCCGUAUGCCUCCCUGGUGGCCACCAUCCUCUGCUUCUCUGGAGUCGCCUUGUUCUGUGGCUGUGGGCAUGUGGCUCUUGCGGGUACUGUGGCGAUUCUUGAGCAACACUUCUCCACCAAUGCCAGUGACCAUGCCCUGUUGAGCGAAGUGAUCCAGCUGAUGCAGUAUGUCAUCUAUGGAAUUGCAUCCUUCUUCUUUCUGUACGGAAUCAUCCUGCUGGCUGAAGGCUUCUACACCACAAGCGCUGUGAAGGAGCUGCAUGGAGAAUUCAAAACCACUGCCUGCGGCCGUUGCAUCAGUGGCAUGUUCGUCUUCCUCACGUAUGUACUGGGAGUGGCCUGGCUGGGCGUGUUUGGUUUCUCUGCGGUGCCGGUGUUCAUGUUCUACAACAUCUGGUCAACUUGUGAAGUUAUCAAGUCGCCCCAGACCAACGGGACAGCCGGUGUGGACCAGAUCUGUGUGGAUAUCCGGCAAUAUGGCAUCAUUCCGUGGAAUGCUUUCCCAGGAAGAAUAUGUGGCUCUGCUCUUGAGAACAUCUGCAACACCAAUGAGUUCUACAUGUCCUAUCACCUGUUCAUUGUGGCCUGUGCAGGCGCUGGUGCCACCGUCAUUGCCCUGAUCCACUUCCUCAUGAUACUGUCUUCUAACUGGGCUUACUUAAAGGAUGCGAGCAAAAUGCAGGCUUACCAGGAUAUCAAAGCAAAGGAAGAACAGGAACUGCAAGAUAUCCAGUCUCGGUCAAAAGAACAACUCAAUUCUUACACAUAAAGUGUUUGCCAGAGUGUUAUCGCCGACGAUCUGACAAAUCACCACACAGCUGCUCCGCAGUACCGAUGUGUAUCCCACCAAACUAACAUAGAAGUACAAACACUUCACUGUCUAUCUCAUGCUGCUGGGAUGUAUUUCUAGGGAAAUCUUCCAGCAGGUAAAUCUUUUUCUUUAGAACAGAUCUUGGAGGUUUCAUUUGAGCCAUUUUAAAAGGCAACACUUUGACAAAACGAUUGUUCAUCCCUUUGAAAUUUGGGGCAUGCUCUAGUAUAUUGCUCGAGUAAUCCCCCGACAAGACAGUGGGAAUAUGACAAAACUGGAUAGGUACCCACCACAUGCCAGCAUCAAAAGAUGUGAACAUGAAUUCACACACACCCCAUCUAUGUUCAAAUGUAUCGACACAGGAAAUAAAAGUGCACUGGUGUGCAAUUAAUUCCAUUUCUGACAGCUGACAUUUAUUCAACUUUGGCUCAUCCAAGAGAUUAUGAUUCUUACAAUCGACUUUAAUUAGCUGACUCCCCAAGUCCAGGGCAAGUUACUUACUCCAUAACGCUAACAUGAGAUACCAUAAUUCUACUACACCUAUCAUUGAAACUGGAUUCUGACUCAUUGACAAGCUUUCCUGAACCAAUUUUGUAACAAAUUUCACUUUGAAAAUGGCCCUGUUUUCAUUCUUCUGGGGGAAAUGUCAGCUUUGCCUUAAUGAAUAUUUGCUUUCAAUUUCUACUUAAUUACAAUAAGAGAUCCCCAAAUCCUUCAUACACUUUUAUCCCACAACUGUUUUUCUUAAGAAGUGUUACCUUAUUAAAAUGACCACCAUUGUAAACCAAUUUCACGUGGUCUGAAUAGUGAGUUUACAGUUUCAUACCAACAAUCUAAAAUCUAAUUACAGAAAGACCACAGACCUCCUACUUUUAUAGACUUGAAUACUUAAAUUAGGGUUGGUAUUUAUUUCACCUUUUCUUCUCUAGACCUUUGUUUCCUGGCAUAAUAAACUUCAAUGUUCAGCAAAAACAAAACAACAAAAAAAUAACAAAAACAAAAAAAUAACAAAAAAAACCUGCUUGAGUUUUUAAGCCAUUUUCAAAAUAAAUUUGCCUUCGAAAUCAUUGUGUUUCCAAACAUUGACUAUAGGUAUUGGGUAUUAGUGAUGGUAAACUUUGUGUUGUUCUUUCUGAAAUGAUACAUAUAACUGUUGGGUGCAUCAGUGCUUUUUAAGGGGGCUGCAUAAUAUAGGAUUAACUAUGUAUAUUCAUGUUAAGAAUUAACUUGUGGUUUGGCUGUUUCCUGGAUUUUAAAACAUAUACACGUGCAGAAAUGUAUUAAAAUGAAAGGAAGCAUACUUUAUAGCAAGAUACUAUUAAAAUUGAACAUCAAGUAUAAUAUUUCCUUUGGGCUCUUUUUGUUGUUGUUAAUGCCUAAAACUGCUUCUUUGGAUCUUGACUAUUUUGUUUUAAUUGGAAGAAGCUCUCUUCUGUGUAGAACAGUUGUUCCAGAUUAGCUUGGUGCUUUGUUUUCCUGUUGCAUGACACUUACAUAUUUUUUCCAGCAGUGGAGGUGCUGUUAGAGUCCAGUGUUCUAGAAGAUGCAGCGUCUAAAGCCUAAUUUUACUUUUCUAAUUCUGGUAGCUAUUACCAAGAAUUUCUGAAAGUCUUGUUUAAGUAGUCUAAUAUUUUUUAUGUAAAGAGCAUUAAAUUUUGCUAUGUAUAAAUUUUUGUAACCUAACAGUGAAUCAAUAUUUUCUAUCAGUGCCAAGGGCUUCUGUAGUUCUAUUCAAGUGUUACAAUAAAUAUUUGUAGAUAAUAGUCAAUACUUGUGUAUGCUUAUUUUAAAGAUAUAUUUAGGUGGAAAUAGCUGUCGAUGUACUAAGAGAAAUGAAAUAAAAUUAUAGCUUCA